CAUCGCGAAAGUGUCCUGCCUCGAAUCGCCCGUCUCCCUCCUGUCUCUCCACCUGCCAGCCUCCCACUCUUUCAAAACUCUUUCCUCUCCCUCACGUGUCGACAGCGAUUAUGGGAGUUGUUUUUUUCGCCGUCGCGCUCUUUUCAGUCUCCGCGAUGCUCGCACCGUCACCCUCCACCCUCGCCUCCCUCUUCCAACUCGCCGUCCCCGCUAUGUUCCUCCUCGCUCCCGUUGCAUGCCUCGCCACUGUGUUCAUCUCCGCGCCGUACGGCCGACACGUCAGACCCGGCUGGGGCCCGCUGAUCCCUGCGCGGCUCGCGUGGAUUAUCAUGGAAAGCCCCGCGCUUUGGCUUUCCGCAAUGGCGUUCAGCUGGGGCUGGAACGGCUGCCGCGUGGCAGAUCGAACGGCGGGAAAGGAGACGGAGAUGAGUGGUUUAGGGUCCAGCGGGGGGGAAUCAAGGGCGGCACCGGUAAUAAUGGCGUUUUAUCUGGUGCAUUAUGUCCAUCGGGUGGUAAUUUACCCGCUGAGGAUGCGAGCGGAGGGGAAGACGAUGCCGGUGCUGGUGAUGCUGCUGGCGUUCUGCUACAACCUGCACAACGGAUUCAUGCAGGGAUACCAGGUCGGUGCCAUUGGGAAGUAUCCUCUCUCGUGGCUCUUUUCCACGCAGUUUCUCAUCGGCUCCUCUCUCUUCCUCCUUGGUUUCAUCACCAACAUCGCUGCCGAUUCAGCGCUUCUCGCCCUACGAAAAAGUUCCAAGGACACGGGGUACCAGAUUCCUCGAGGGCCGCUUUUCCACCUGGUUUCCUGCCCAAACUAUUCUGGAGAGCUGCUUGAGUGGCUAGGGUGGGCCAUACUAACAUGGUCUUGGGCAGGCUUUGCAUUCUUUGUGUUUGCAUGCGCCAAUCUCAUGCCACGUGCGGUGUCCCACCAUAAGUGGUACUUGCAGAAGUUUGAAGAUUAUCCUAAGCAACGAAAGGCUGUCGUACCUUUCCUUCUCUAAUAACGUGUGAGAUUUUAGAAGUUUCU